AUGAGUUUGGCUUCAGUACAAUACGAACGUGUUGGUUUUCAGGCUCGGUAUGAGCAGAAAUUGCACAGAUGGGCUGAUGCAAUACGCCUGACCCGUUUCCCAUUGAUACGUGCGUGCAUCGGGGAAUUUUUUGGCACAAUGGUUAUGAUCAUAUUCGCAUUGGCUGUUACAGCCCAAGAGAAGUUCCUUGAAAAUCACACGACUUUCUCAAACGCUUUUAUAUCGGGCACAGGCGUGACAAUGGGCCUAUUCAUUUCUGGAAAUAUGGGCUACGGCCUGAUUAAUCCUGCGAUUUCGUUGGCCUUUGCUAUUGUUGGCAAAGUGCCUUGGAUCCCAAUUUUCCCUUUGAUGUUGUGUCAAGUAUUCGGCGCAUUUUGUGGAGCGCUUACAGUUUAUAGUGUCUACGAGGAAAACAUUAGAUGGAAAUGGGACGGGGCGCUGAAUAUGGAAUCAGGGUUAAUUUUUGUCACCGGUCCAACUGUGGGCAAUGUGCCAGCUCUGAUUGAUCAGAUAAUUGGUACCGCUAUUUUGGCUGCUCUAUGUCUUGCCUUUGGAGAUGAGAACAACUUCAAAGUUCCCUCAUAUUUGACACCGACCUAUGUCGGCUUACUAGUCAUGUCUUUGGUCGGCGCUCUGGGAGUGAACGCUGGAGCCGCUUUGAAUCCAGCUCGUGAUUUCGGACCACGACUGGCUUUAUUCACUAUCGGUUAUGGAGAGCAAGUGUUCACUCACGGAGACUACUAUUUCUGGGUUCCCAUUGUCGGACCAUUUAUCGGUGCAAUUGCCGGCGCUAUCAUGUACGAAUUGUCUGUGGGGAUCCAUCUUCGCGGAGUCUUGGAUUCACACAAGUUGGAGAAGGAGAAAUGUCACUUAAGUGACUUGUAG